AUGAGCCCACCACAAUUUCCCCCGAGUGCACCGCCUCCGCCCCAUCGGCGUAAGUCACAUGGGCCUGAUUUUGACUUUCUGGAGUCGGACGUCAACUUUGAGAGGCCUGCCCCUCAGCAGGAUGACGAUUCGGGAGACGACUCGGAUGAUGGCUUGUUUGCCAUCCCUAUAUCGGCUCGCAAGCCCACCAAAAUUACUCGCAUCUUCGACGGCGACGAUUCGCCUGAUGAGUCGAACGACAAGCGGCCUAACCUGACAGUGAACACAUCUAGAUCCAAAAAGCAGCUUUCGGUAUCUUUUAAUUCUCCCAAGUCGUUGGGCAGUGUCAAUGCCAACGGGACACCCGAAGGCGAGGAGGAUGUGAUGAGUGCCAGAAGCGGCAGGAGCUCGCGAAGAACCCCGAACACCCCUGGCUCCGAGAGCUGGGAAUCGGAGGAUAGCAAGCUAAGCCGAAGAAAGUCGUUUGUCGAGAAGGAUGUAUGGGCCAACCGUCCGACCACCGAUGCCCUUAUCAACAACCUUGAUGAUUUCUUCCCGAACUUGGAUCUUGACCAGCCGGUGCUGGAAGAGGGCGAGGCGGAAGCCAACCCCCCGUCGCCCAUCGCCGAAGGGGAGGAGAAGGAAGCGCCCGCACGCCCCCCGCCGCCUGCUCAGCCAGCGCCAAGCCUCCGCAAUGCUAUCACUGGGAACCGGUCGUUCUACAACGACAACGAUACGCUGGGUUCGGAUGAGUCUACUCUUAAAGCACUUGAGCGUCCUGCUUCGGUCGCGUCGGUUGCGCAAAGGAGCGUUCGACGCUCAGGCGGUCUCGGCCGUAUGAAGUCCAUCCGUGAGGUUGCCCGCGGCGCCCACGAGGCCAACAAGCGGUUUACCACGACAACGCAACCCGGUCAGGCUACUCAGAACACAACGGCACUCAUGAGGAGGAAGAGCACAAAGAUGUUUAAUGCCAAUAUUGUACAAAUCCGUCCGGACCAGCGCGGCAGCAUGGUAAUGCCUCAGAUCCCCCAAGACACCAUUCCCAAGCGCCAGACAACCUUCCGAUGGUUCAAGGGUCAGCUCAUCGGCAAGGGAACCUACGGCCGCGUCUACCUCGGUAUGAAUGCCACGACCGGAGAGUUUUUGGCCGUCAAGGAGGUCGAAGUCAACCCGAAGGCCGCGCAGGGAGACAAGGCCAAGAUGCGCGAACUGGUAGCGGCCCUCGACCAGGAGAUCGAGACGAUGCAGCAUCUCGACCAUGUCAAUAUUGUGCAGUACCUCGGAUGUGAGCGCAAGGAAACAUCCAUCAGUAUCUUCCUCGAGUACAUUUCUGGUGGCAGUAUCGGAUCUUGCCUGCGGAAGCACGGCAAAUUCGAGGAGUCGGUCGUGUCAUCACUCACGCGACAAAUGCUGUCCGGUCUGGCGUAUCUCCACAGAGAAGGCAUCUUGCAUCGUGACUUGAAGGCCGACAACAUCUUGUUGGAUCUCGACGGCACUUGCAAGAUUUCGGAUUUUGGUAUCUCGAAGAAGACGGACAACAUCUACGGCAACGACAAGUCAAACUCGAUGCAGGGUUCCGUCUUCUGGAUGGCGCCCGAGGUUAUCCGCUCUGAGGGUAAGGGCUACAGUGCCAAGGUCGACAUCUGGAGUUUGGGAUGCGUUGUGCUGGAGAUGUUCGCUGGCCGGCGACCCUGGUCGAAGGAGGAAGCUGUGGGCGCUAUAUACAAGAUCGCCAACGGCGAGACGCCGCCUAUUCCUGACGAGGUUCGGGAAACCAUUAGUCCAUUGGCCAUUGCCUUUAUGCUGGACUGUUUCACUGUGAACCCGCUCGAGCGGCCUACGGCAGACGUGCUGCUAUCGCAGCAUCCCUUCUGCGAGCUAGAUCCCAACUACAACUUCUUUGAUACUGAGCUGUACUCCAAGAUUCGCGGUAAAGACGUUUAA